CGUACUAUAACGAUCCAAAGUAACAUUGAUUUUGGAACAAAGGCCUUGGCACUUCCCACUUUGCACUAGUUUUAAAGAAAAGGAAAAAGCAAUGGCCCUAGACAUCUCCAUUUUCGAAACCAUACACCCCUCCCGCUUCCUGUCCUUCACCAUCCCCAACCCCGAUCCUUCUCACUCUUCUCCACUCAUCCGAAUAGCCAUCCUCGACUCUCCCCUCCAACCGCCCACCCCCUCCUCUUCCUCCCUUUCUGCUCCAAACGUCGCCGCCAUGUUCGUCCCCAAACACCGUGAGUCCGACUGGCUUUUCUCCACUGAGUCCGGCCACCUGCAACUCCUCCUCUCCUCCCCCAACAUCCAACGCCUCAUAUUAAUCGGACAGCAAGCCAUCGUCGACGACCCUAAUUCACCUUCCAUCUACCGUCGUCCCAUCGAUUCCGAUUGUUUAAACAACCUCGAAAUGACGCUAAAGCCACUGGUAAUUGCUUUAUCUCCUAAAGAUUACUUUAAAUAUGGAAAUUUGGAAGUACCAAUCUUGAGUUAUGAAGACAAUGUUAUUUCUAGCUUAGUCUUAGAGAAAUGUGUUGGGAACUUUGUCGGUGAAAUGCUUGUUGAAGAUGUUGAGAUAGAGAGUACUAAUCAAAAAAGGGAAUUUAGGAGGAGAUUGAGGUUUAAAAGGAUGCCUAAUUUGGUUCAGACGGAGAUUCGAAUUGUGCCCAAGACGGUUCAUUGUUUGGAUUCAGUAGAAAUAGGAGGGAAUAAUAAUAUAGAGUUUAGCCCCGAUUUGGGGGUUUUGGUGCAUGUUUAUUUGGUGCCAAUGGUGGCUAGUCUUGCUUUGGUUGGCUCAUGGAUCGAUGAACGUUUUCAGGUUGGGUUUAGGCCGAAAGCUUUGUGUCUUGGGGUUGGAGGUGGUGCUGUGGUUGGGUUUUUGAAAACACAAUUGGAUUUUCAGGUUGUUGGUGUUGAGGCUGAUAAGGAGGUGUUGAGGGUUGCACAAAAGUAUUUUGGAUUGGAGGAUGGGGAUUUUAUUCAGAUUUGUGUCAGAGAUGGUAUGGAACUUAUGGAGAAACUUGCUUGUGGAGAUAGUUAUUGUGAAGGAGUUGGCCAUAUUGAGCCUCAGUUUGAUGUUAUUAUGGUUGAUUUGGAUUCUAGUGAUCUGAGGAAUGGUGUUAGUGCUCCCCCCUUGGAAUUUGUUAGGAAGGACGUUCUUUUGGCUGCUAGAUCAAUUCUUUGUGAAUCUGGAAUUUUUGUUAUUAAUGUGAUCCCUCCAAGUAGGUUGUUUUAUGAGAGGUUGGUGCAUGAUUUUCGGGAGGUUUUUCCUGAGUUAUAUGAAAUAGAUGUUGGAAAUGGAGAGAAUUUUGUUCUAAUAGCGAAGGCUUUGCCUACUGCAUCUUCGAUUAGUGAUUGUGAAAAUAAUUUUCUUAAAAAACUGAGACUCGCAAUUUCAGGAGCAUAUAUGGAAUCCAUGAAGAGAAUUUGAGAUGCAAUGUCUACUGGAAACAAUGAAUCUGCCGGUUCUGAUUGAGCAAUAUGAAUUUUUUAAGAUUGUAUUCAAGGAAAAGGUUUGCUUCAUGAGGUUGAUGAAGAAGAACCCCUUCGCCCUUGGAUUGACUGAUUGAAACUUCUCCUCAAGAUAUGUGGGAGUUUGCUGUGCUUGUUUGGGUUUGAAACAAGAAGGUAUGAUUGUUUUACGCAGCCAUAGCUAUGAUUUCUGGAGCUUUUUGAUUUUGAGAUUUCCAUUGAUAUUUGACAUGUUACAAAUUCUUAGGAAAUUGCUAAUAGUCCAGUUUGUUUUUGUUUCAGUUUUGCAAGAAUGAAAACUUAUCUAAAUUACAGACUAAUUUGUGUAAAAUAUUUGUAUACCUUGAUGACGUUAUAGAUUAUGAAAACCCAUAAAAAAAAAAUGAGAUGGUUAUAUUUUUUAUUUCUAUUUCAUGAAUUAUUUAUUUUUAAAGCAUUUAACAGGGAUAUAAUAAAAAAACAUAUGUAUACAAAAUUAUUACUUUAUACUAGUAAUAUUAAUAAUGUACUACACAUGAAAAUGCAAUACUAUAUUCUUUUCUUAAGAUUUAUCCUGUUUUUAAGUGUUUAUCUUGCUUUAGUAAUUAUAGUAAAAUAAGGAUGCUUUACCUUAAAGAUUUUUUUUCCCUUUUUAUUUUAUAGGUUGCAUUAGUGAAGUAAAAAUUCUUUACCUCCCAACCAUCAAGCACCUCUUCUAUUGAUUAUAAGAACUAUUUUUAAUAACUAUAAAACAAUUACAAUGGUAUAUAUAUCAAAUUUAAUAAAAAGUGAAAGGGUAAUAUAGUGUUCAAAAAAGUUUCUUAACUCUGAAGCCCCAUUUAUAAAUGGUAUAGAUAAAGCUAAUCAAAGGCUAGACAAGCUUGCUUCCUUUCUACAGGUCUGUUUUUCUGCAUUUCCCUUCCAGCUGAUUGCUGCCUCCUUGUCCCUUUUAUUUUUUUUAUUUUUAUUAUUUUCAGUAAAUAUAAAAAGUUUCUUUUGUGGCUCAAUGAAAUGCUGCUGUUUCUUUUCUUUUUACAUGCUGAGCCAGACUCUCUAUCUAGAUUUGCGAUUUGCUCGAAUGCUCCCAAAUCUAUCACCUUCGCCUUUCGUAUCAGCAGUAUUUGCUUCUCUCCAUAUCUUCCCAACUUUCAAGAUCUUUCUGUGUCUGAAUCCAUUGAAAAUACAGACUUUUUUUUUUUUGCAAAGUGAAAAUACAGACUUUAUUUCAAAAAAUUCUUCAAAUGAAAUGGGAGUAAUAAGUCAGAAAAAACUAAACCCAAAUACUCAAAAUAGCAUAUUGUGCUGUUACUCUCACCUCCUUCUCCCACCUCCAAGUCAACCACACAUACAAUGAUUGACAAGAACCAAUCCUUGUGGCUGUAAAUCACGCAUGCAAAGUUUUUCAAAAAGAUGCAAGUUUCAACCUGAAUAAGAAUAAGUGGGAAAUGAACGAGAAGAAAGUGGACAGCUGGCCAUUUUACAUGCCAUUGAGAAAAGAUGAGAAAACUAGCAUGGAAUGAAAGGUGAUUGGUUUAAGGCUAAACAUGAUGGGAGCUCCUCCCUCAUGUGGUUGCACAUUUCCUUUUUCUUAAAGCAUGCUGGCAGUUGAAAGGUUUAAACAUUUUAAGUGUAGAUAGUUCAUACUUUGAUGAAUUUUAUAGGUUUGAGUGUGAAAUUGUAGCUCAUAUCAAUUAUCUUGCAUAUGCAUAUUUUACUAUAUAUCAUCUUUGUAACUUGGAAUAAGUGAAGAAAAAAGAAAUGUUUUUAAAAAGAAACAGUAAAUAUAGUGUCAGUUAAAAAAAAAAGUAAAAUAAAACAAAGUAAACUUGUUGCAGAGGGAGGUGUAAGUGAACCAGUACGCUUGUUUAACAGCUUGUGAACAUGUUUGGGUUAGGCUGGUUUAUGUGUGUUUAAUAUGGUAAAUGAAUGAUUUGACUAGAUUUUAGUGUUUGUUUAAUAAACAAGCCGAGCAUGAACUAAUAUGAGUUCAGUUUGUUCUUGUUCACAAACAAACUCAUUUAUUAGUCUAUUAAAAAAUAAUAUAAUUAUAAUUUUUAAUAACUCUUUUACAACUUUAUAGUUAACAACCAUGAUUUUUACUCUUUUCUUUUAUUUGAUAGCGACACCAGCCAUUUAGGCUUUUAGCCUUUUAGUGUUUCAACUUUCAACUUUCAAGUGCAGUUGUCUCUCCAGUCUCAAGCCCCACUACCGAUAGGCAACAAUGCGGUUCUCAACCUCGGUCUUCACAUACAGCUGCUUUCUCUUGCUCAUUCUUUUUGCCUUAUUUCUUCUCUCUAAUCUCUACACAACCACUCAAUGCUCUUAUCUCUUAUCUUGGGGGAGGCCACAAAGAGUUCAAGGGAGAAAGCAUCUUAAUUAGCAAUCUCUCCUUUGUUGUAUUUUUCUCUUUUUAUAUUGAUUUUGGUUGAUUUGGAUUUUUGUGGGUUUUAUUACGAAUCUUUAAGGGUGUUUGGUUAUUAUCUUGGAAUUUGUCAACUGUGAAUUUUUUAUAUGAUUAUUUUUAUAGCUGCUGAAAUUUUGUUUUGUUGAUUGUGUGUGUUAAACCAUAAUUUAGCAUUUUAUUCUAGGCAUUUAUCUUCUGCUCCAAAAGGAAAGCAAAAGUAACUUUGCGGCACUGAUUGGUACCAGAAUUUCUAUCGACUUGAAUGAAAAGCAAAAGCUACUAUCAGUUUUUUCUUUUACUUAUUUUAGAUUUGAAAUUUUAUAAUGUUUUUCACAAUUUCAUGUUACAUAUUUAUUAUAGAGUAAGGAAGAAGUUAAAUAGAUUUCACCUUGUUGAAGGUUAUUUAGUCUCAACUUUUAAAGGUAAGCAUUCUUGUAUUCUUAAUUUUCGUCCUUAAUUUUUGGUUACCGUGUAAAUUUCUUUUUAUGUAUGUUGUUUCCUAAAAUUUUUUGUUCCAUUUAUUUUGUGAAAUAGGAUUCUCGUAUGGCACUUUGGUGGAAGAACUCUUUUGGAUGAAUUUUUAUAACUCUUGUUGUUUUUGUUUCCAAAGAAUGGAGAAUUUGUAUUUAAAGUUGUCUUGGACUGAAAAGCUGUUGAAGAUUUAGUUGUCUGGAUGUUUUUGAUGUAUUAUAUUUUAUGUGGGAUAUCUUGCUUAGGAGCUUUUUUCGUAAUGGCCAGUUUUAUUUUAUUCUUGAAACUCUUUUAAGGAUUUCUUCUAAUAUGUUUUGAAUGGUGU